ACACGAAGACGUGGAUUUGGGCGAGAAUGAGGAAGAGGAAGAGAGACAGGUAAUGACUUGGAAUUUUAAGCGAACAAUGAAUGUUGUGAUGUCCAUCUUCUCCUUGAUAUUUGAAAAAAAAAAAAACCUCAGUUUAAAAGGUGAAUUCAAGAUUUAUUGCGGGGUGAGGCUAAACUUAGUGGCUUUCGUCUUAAGAAAAUUGUUUGUCUCGGAUUCCUCUCAUGUCAAGACUUCUUCCACUCGCAAUCACCACCAUUGAUUUGGAUUGUGUGAAGUAAACUGGGCUACUUCAGAUAUAAAGGUACUGUUUCCAUUCUACAUAUAUUAGUAUCGCUGCUAAUUAUCAGUGAGUCUACGCAAAUUACUAGUCAGCAUUUUGUCUCUCACAAGAUGACUUCCUCAAAAUUCCCCAACCUCGGAACGUAAGGCGCUCUAGAAGUCCCCAUGGAACAUACCAACUAACAGAUAUAGAGCUCUUGGUGACGAGGUAGUGACGGUCACUGUAGGAAAAGAGAAGCGCAAGUUCGUUCUGCACAAGCAGCUAUUGUGCGAUUCCGUGCAAUAUUUUCGUAGUGCUUUCUCAGCUGGAGCAUUCAAGGAGGGCCAAGAAUCUAUAAUGGAUAUACCAGAGGAUGAGCCCGAAGCUUUCGAGCUUUUUGUUAAUUGGUUGUACCGCGCAUCAUUACCAACUUCAUCAAGGAGCGGAGAUCUCCACUGGUUACUCAGUCUCUACAUCUUUGCUGAGAAGCUUUGCAUGAAUGAGCUCGCCAAUAAGACUAUCGACGCAAUUCAGGCGAUGACAAGUCACCCCGAAAUUUAUCUUCCACUUAAUAUGGAGGUAACUAAGAAGAUCUGGAGAAACACUUCACCUACAUCACCUUUACGCACAUUCUGCAUUCAUGCCCUUGUGUUCGAGCUGUGCAACUUUGAGCAACUCCACGAGGGACUGGGCAGACAGAGCUUCAUGGAUAAUUACGAUCUCAUUGCUUCAUGGAGUUACUUUAAAGAUAAUUGUGAUCUUUAUGCAAGCUUUUUCAUUCAGUUACAAAAGCACUCGAUAAACGAUCUACCUUGUGAUCCAUCUGAUCUCUCUCUUUGGACUAAAUGCUACUUUCACCGACAUUCGAAAGGAGAAAUUUGCCAUAAUUAGCACAUAGUCAAAUACUUCAAAAAUGGCGAAUAACACAAAUACUGGUUCUAAUGUCCUCCCACUUAUAUAUACGCUUCUUAUAUGGAUGUUGCGGAAUAUUGAAAUGCUAGCUACGCUUAAUUGGGUAUGAAGAUGACAGGAGGAAAGUGGCUUACUUAAAUGCAUAUACAAAUAUCUUUUGGCACAGGUAGUAAAUGACGGUAAAGCGCAGUGGAAUUUCUGCUCGCUUCAAUAUGAUGAUGUUUCUUUC